AUGAUUCGUUCUGAUUCGGAUAGUGAAUAUGAUUUUGUUGAUACUGAAGCAGACGAUACAUCUAAUAGUGAACAUAUAUCAGAAGAAUCUGAUUUAUCAAAUUUUGAUAUCGAACAAGGUGAUGUUGUUACAACUAGCCAACCAGAAACAUUACAGAAGGAUGGUAUCAUACGGUCUAUGUACCCAAAGUUAGAAGAAAGUCGUAUAGCUGCUGCUAAUAUAAUGAAAAAAAAGCUUGAUCCUAUUAUUAAAAUUCAGACAAUUCUUAAUGCUUUUAAACUUUUCUUUACAAAUGAAAUUCUUGAUCAAAUUGUUCUCUAUACAAAUCUUUAUGCUAAACGAUAUUUUGAUCAAAAAAUAAGUUUACGACAAGAUUCUAAUAGCAUAAGAUUAGAUUCACAUUGUUGGAAACAAAUUGAUCGUAUAGAAUUAGAAUCUUUUAUUUGA